GGAUCGUCACUCCCUCUGCCCCAGAUCGUCACGCGUGACACAUCUUUCCAUCCAUUUCUUGUGGAAUGUGUCGCUGCCUUUCUCCUGGUUUUCAAAGUAUAGGGUCCCACAAAGGCUGCCUGCUCUGCCCAUAAAUGCCCUACCCUCAUGGGUAUCAACUUCAACCUCACUAACUACGGAUACCACGGUCUCCAUCUAGCUGUGUGAAAUUUAAUCAGGAACAGAGAGGAUUGCGAAAUGGCAAAUGCGGUGAGGAGGAUGAAGCUGGGAUCUCAAGGCCUUGAGGUCUCGGCGCAGGGGCUGGGUUGCAUGGGCAUGUCCGCCGCCUACGGCCCUCCCAAGCCUGAAACCGACAUGAUAAACCUCAUCCACCACGCCAUUAACGCCGGCGUCACCUUCCUCGACACAUCCGACCUCUAUGGCCCCCACACCAACGAGCUCCUCCUUGGGAAGGGGUUGAAGGGUGGGAUGAGGGAGAGAGUGGAACUGGCAACCAAGUUUGGGAUCCUCUUCGCUGACGGCAAGAUGGAGGUGCGGGGGGAUCCGGCUUAUGUGAGGGCGGCCUGCGAGGCCAGCUUGAAGCGCCUUGAGGUGGAUUGCGUCGAUCUUUAUUACCAACAUCGCAUCGACACCAAAGUCCCCAUCGAAGUCACGGUGGGAGAACUCAAGAAACUAGUUGAAGAGGGUAAAAUAAAAUAUAUAGGUCUGUCUGAGGCCUGUGCUUCCACUAUUAGAAGAGCACAUGCAGUUCAUCCAAUAACUGCUGUGCAAUUGGAGUGGUCCUUGUGGGCAAGAGAUGUAGAAGAAGAAAUAGUUCCUACUUGCAGAGAGCUUGGCAUUGGCAUUGUUGCUUAUAGCCCUCUGGGACGGGGGUUCCUUUCAUCAGGUCCGGAGUUACUUGAGAAGCUGUCAAAUGAUGACUUCCGAAAGGCACUGCCUAGGUUCCAGCCGGACAACCUCAAGCAUAAUAAAAACAUUUUUGAGCGGGUAAAUGAAUUGGCGACAAGGAAAGGAUGCACACCAUCACAGCUAGCACUGGCCUGGGUGCAUCACCAAGGAAGCGAUGUGUGUCCUAUUCCUGGCACCACAAAAAUUGAAAACCUCAAUCAGAACAUUGGAGCUCUAUCCGUGAAACUAACACCAACAGAAUUGGCUGAACUCGAGUCCCUUGCUGCUGCCGAUGUGGUGAAAGGUGACAGGUAUGGAGCCGGAAUGUCUACUUGGGAAAAUUCUGAGACUCCACACCUGUCUUCAUGGAAGACCGAAUGAUAAAGAGAGGGAGAGAGAAUGUGAAGAGAGGGAAGAAGGGAGAGAGAUGAAGCUAAGGGUUGUGAAAAUAUAAGAAGAAAGUACAAAAAAAAAAAUAAAAAAAUAAAAAAAUUGCACUUAUGCAGAGUAAGGCCAAAGAGAUGAUUUGGAAUUUAGUUUUACAGAUUAAUGAUAAAUUACAGAAUUGCUAAUAAAA